AGACCACGGACUCAUCCCCAACCAUGAGAUCCCCUCUGAAUAAAGUCAGACUGAAAGAUCGCAUUAAUUCAGAGAGUGACAUUUUGGAAUCACAAGCCAGUACAGCCUAUCAAAGCGUCUCCUCUCCUUCAACAAAUUUCUCAGCUGACGAGGUCACACCUACUGUUCCUUCUCCAUCACAAUCAUCCAGAGACGCUGUAGUGCACGAUGACACCUCUCCUUCAUCAGCCAUCUCACAGACCCCGGAGCUACAAGAUGUCACCACCCUCAACACGGACACAGCCUCAGUACCAGUUUCUUCUGCUAGCAGCCCAUCAAUUUCUUUUUUGAAGAGCACCGUUUCAGAUUCAGUAGCCACAACAGCUCCUGCAACAUCCAUCAGUCCAAGUGAAGGACCUCAGACUGUCUCUUCUUCAGCCAGUGGUGCGAUCCAGACGACACAAACAGCUCCACCAUUUACCACCACUUACCCUCAGACAUCUCAGAUCUCCCUGACCAGCAGUUCAAAGGUCACUGGACCUGCUCCUUUGGAAGACCAGGAUGAAUCUUCUGAACUGGAUGUGGGGGAUCAAGAGUCAGGGAAGGUUCCCCACCGCCCUACAUUGCCCCUGGACCCCCUGCUCGCCGCUCUGGUCACCAUUUUCAUUAUUUGCACUGCCAUGGUCUCAGCCGUCCUCUUCCUCAGGUUCCGUCAGAGGAGUGAGCAUCCAGAAUUCCACCGGCUUCAAGACCUUCCUAUGGAUGAUCUUCUAGAAGACACGCCUUUGUCAAGAUGCACCUAUUAGCAAUCAGGGCUGCACGAUUAAUCAAAAUAAAAAAAUAAAUAAAAAAAUCACGAUCUCGA